AUGGACGAAUACAUCGCGACCCCAUCGGAACUGCGAGGCCCCUCACACGCCAACAAAAUGGCGCCUGCCUCUCCAAGCUCAGAGAGUACAGGGGAAUCCCUGCCAAGCAGCGAGCAAGCAGAAGCCCUAACGCUAAUCCGAGCGGAGCUCACGCAGAGAAUGCUGACCAAAGCAGACACGGGCACCCUGGUCCGGGAAAUGCGAGCGGCCUGGCGAGAGGAAUUAGCAGGCCUACGCAAAGACCUGAACGCGCUGGAACAGAGGGUGGAGGAAGUGGAGAUGGUGGCCCACGGAUGCGAGCAGCAACACAGGGCUGCAGAGGUGGCUGCGACCAGACAGGGGAAUAUGCUACUUACCCUCCGCAGGCAAGUCGAAGAUCUUGAAAAUAGAAGCAGACGCAACAACAUCCGCGGGCUGCCUGAAACAGAGACAGAGCCGUGA